AGCACUGUAUGGGAAUGUCACAAUUAACGCUUUGGAUGCGGCUUUCCAGUGAGACGGGGCUUUGCGGCAGGCUUCAAACAGACUAAACGGCGUCAGGCCUGUUAUUUAACCACUGUAUUAUCAGCAUUUACUGGGUGUUUGUGUCUGUGGAGACUGAGUCAUGGCUAACCGUUCUCUGUGGUCGGUCUGUCUGCUGCUGGCGCUCCUGCUGCCGCGGGAAGUCCUGUCACAGCAUGACUGGAAGCUGGAAGAUGCUUUGGAGCAUAAUGUUAGUAAAGCGUUGAUCCCUUCACCAAAGCCAGCAACACCAGGAGGAGGAGCAGGAGGAGAGCUUGAUCUGGGGGAAUCAAGUGCCACCACUACCACCAAAGCCCCACCCAAGAUUGUGCCUAAAGUCCCCACAGGCACCAAGGCCCCAGUCAGUCCCAAGUCAGGUUUACUUUCUGACGAUGAUCUGAACAAUAUUAGUAAAGAUGGUACCUACAAACCUGACAAAGGCGAAGGUGGACAUCCAAGUGGUGACAGUGACCAGAAAAACCAGUAUGAUGACAAUAGUGAGACCACAGCAGAGGUGGGCACCAUUGCAGGGAUUGUCAGUGCAGUUGCCAUGGCACUGGUGGGUGCAAUCAGCAGCUACAUCUCCUACCAGAAGAAGAAGCUGUGCUUUGGUAUACAGCAGAGCCUGAAUACUGACAUGGUGAAGGCUGAGAACCCUGAGGCUGUGGUGGCUACAGAACCGCAAGUCCAACAGACUCUCCUGGAGCCACCCAAUGCUGAACCUCCCACUGAAGAUAAUGCUGUGUAACAACACACACAAUCUCUCACACAAAGGUCACGCCCUGCACGCUCGCACACACACGCACACGCGGACACACACACACACACACACACACACACACACAGCCAUGCUACAGGAUAGUCUAUUGUGUAGCAUGUCCUUGUUGAUCCUGUAAAAGCUGGGAUUUGUAUUCCUUCUAUGCUGACUGUGAACACACAUUUUUUUUAUUGUCUGCUGUAAACAUGGCCAACAGUGUAUCAGACCUUGCCAAAUGUAUGCGUAUAUAAUAAUUUAUUGUUUACUGUUUGAACACCACUAACAAUGUUGGUUUACAGUUAUCCAGCCUUCAGCAUGUAUUCUGUGAUUUCUCUCCUGUGAACCUGGGCUUUGGUUGUAACAUUUUGCAGUGCUCCAGACACAGUGAAGUUGGAAUACUGAGGGGGGAAAAAUACAAAAAGUCUUAUUAUAUGUUAGGGAAAGAAACUCCUCUGGGCAUCUGGGAGCAUGUCAAGCUUCUUUGAGUUCACAGGGAGUCAGUGUUCAGUGAAUUGGAUUGAUUAAAUUUUGGGACACUGAGUCAAUGACUUGCAGCAUGAUUACAAAGCAGAGCCUGUUAAUGGCAAAGAUGCUCAUUGCUCUAUACAGAACAUUUUGGGAAAGUUUAAGGCAGCGGAACGUCAAGUGAACCAGGGAGCGCUGUAAAACAGCCAGUGUUUUAUCUCCCCCCCCUUUUUUUUUUUUUUUUUUUUUUUUUUUUUUUUUUUUGAUGAAUGAAAGUUGUGAAUUGUAAUCAGCAAUAUCUGAUUUCCUGACUCUGAAUGGAAUACAGUAGUUCUCAGUUUCCCCCUUUUGACAUAUAACUGAUUAUUUGUGGCAAGUCAUAGAUGUUACUUUUGUUGACGCACAAUGAGUUAAAUCAAAUCUAAACCAACAACACUUUACAGAAUCCAUAAUUUGGAGGUUUGUCUUUACUCUCCACAGAUGUGUAGAGUGAAUGGAGAACAUUUAACAAUAUUUCCUAGAUUUAUAUUCAAAGCCUUGUAGCAACUGAUUAUGUAAUCACUUGUGAAAUGUUGCGAUAAAAUGUGUAAAUGGUCAGAUAAUGUAGUCAUCCAUUAUCACAGUAGCCAGUUGGUGUUACUUUAUAAGGGAAGUAACAUGUUAAACUAAGGGCAUAGCAUGUACUCAUAGAACUACUUUAUGUACCGUUACAUCAUGUAAUAAUGAUGACUAUCAGUUUGAAUUUCUCUUAUUCCUACAAAAUGAGACAUUUUGUAGUUAAUUUAUUACAUUUUCAGUUUACUAUAUUAUCAUUAUCUUGUCAUAAUCAGUGAUUGCUAUUUGACUAGUUUAAUUUUGUUUACAUUUUGACCCACUUGGUGCAUGUAUUGACCUUUAAUGGGCUCCACUACUUAUAAAGUCCAUUGAUGGGUGAGGUACAUUCUCAUAGAACUGGAGUUACUGCAGGUAACUACUGUUUACAUCAUGUGACAGUUAGCCUUCAUCAUUAGUUGCUAUAUACUGCUCCAUCUACACCUUCAUUGUGAUAUUAUGUCUAUCUUGAUGUACAAAGUUGCCUUAUUCAGAUUUGGAUCAUUUUGCAGAGAGGAAAAAUAAGGCAUCUAAACAUUUCUGUGUACUUAUAACCUGUGGCUUUUUGUAGUGUAAAUAGCUACAUAUAAAGUAAAAAGGUGAAUUCUUUUUUUUCAAGUAGCCUUUAAUGACAAUGUCUAUUGAAGGAAGCCUAGAGAAGCUGGGUUUUCCAAAGUGGUGAUGGUGAAAUAAUUGUAAUUGUAACAGUGUCAGUGAACCGUGCAUGAGUGGUUGACAAAGAAAAAGCUAAAAUGUUAAGUUAAAGAAGAAAAACAAAUUAAGUUUAAAAAGAAAAGUUAGAUUAACAUUCAGCCCUGUAAUGCUAAGAGUUCAGGAACUUCAACAUGGUGCCAAAUAUGGAACAUCAAAAAGGACUCACACUUCAUGUAGCAUAAAAUGAUGCUAGCUAAAUCAGUUCCACUGCAGUUAACUUAAAAAUGCACAGCGUGUACUUCAUUUCUCUGGUAAUUUGAAAGGGUAAACUAUUUGAAAAAGAGGAAACCUCAGCAGGCUGCGACAAGGCUUGUGGAUAGGCAGAACAUGUAUGAAAUGUGAUUUUUCUUGACGAUACAACUGCUACAUAUGUUUUAUUGUGUUAACAUUGAGGUGUCAGUGUGUGCAGAAGAAGUAUGAAUUUAUCUUCAUUGCAUAGUGACCAUUUUAAAUUUAUCAUUCAUCAUUGUAAGAAAUUCUACUGGGAAGAUUGGCAUAUGUAUAAAACUAGCAUUACAUCAGCAGACAAGCUAAACAGAUUGUACUUACUGUAGACCAGACCGCCAUUGGCCCAAGCAUUUAUGGAAGCCCCAAACAAAUUGAAUAAAUUGAUAAAGACAAAGACUACAACUUUAAGGUUGUGGUGCGUUACUGCCACCAAUUGUCGAUCAGUGGAAUAACAUGAAACAGUAACCUGCAUGCAUACUAACAAAACAGGACAUACUCUUAAAGAACAUUGCUCCAUAGCACUACUGUAGUCAAAAACUUCACAGGGCACCCUUAACCUGAUUACUCUCAUAAUAAUAGGUACUAAACUGUACCAUAGUGGAAUAAAAUACUAUACAUACUGUAUAUUCCCAAAAAUGCAAAUUUGAAUAGUCUAAAUUACUUUCACAAGUCCAGCUCAAUGUGCUCUACAAAAAAGCCUCUUGGACCACUAAAGUCUGCCUAACUAGAUAUUCCGCCAUUUAGAAUUUUUGACAUUUCCUCCUAAACCAUAGGUCCGAUUGCUACCAAAUUUUCGGUGGAUCAUCAUUAGAUGAAGCUUAUCAAAAGUUAAUGAGCUUGUUGAUAUCUUAUUUAGUUUUCAAGAUACUUCAAAAGGGGUGUGGCUCAGCAGAUAAAUAGAUCAAAGUCAACAACUGUUGAGCCAAUCAUCACAAAACUUACAGGAUAUGUCCACAUAAAUACCUGAAACAUACCCUGAAAGUUUCAUUCAAAUUGACCACUAGGGGUGCUCCAAAUGCAAACAAAUAGUGUGGCAUAACACAAAUCAGACUAUAAAUCAGGCAUUGUUUGUCUAAUCAUCACAAAACUUACACCCUGUAAUUGCCACUUGCUGCAGUAUUUUCUGAAACAUUUUUUUUUUUUAUCGUAAUCUGUGAAAUCAUCAAAAGUUUGCCCUAUUCAUUACAAUUAUUGCCUCAAUAUGCUUCAAACAAACUAGUUCGUAUGAGGUGUAAAAACAAAACCUGUACUGAACAGUGACACUGGAAGGUGGGGUUGAAGGCUGCCCUUAUAGCCGCCUUUAGGCUACCACUGACUAAUCACUGCAUAAAGUGGGCAUGAUUGACAGAUUGUCUUAUUCGGGAAGGUUACGCAGCUACCACCUCUCUGAUACAGCAAACACUUUUUUUUAGCAUACAGAGGCCUAUAAGGUGUUUCUUUGAUAUUCCCCUGUAGCUCGGCUUUUGGUAGACUUAAAAAUGGCCAGCAAUAGAACAAGAUUUACAAGAGUGGAAAAGUGAGGUAUUUGUGAAAGAUAAAAAUAUGUUAGAUGUUUUAAGUCAAAGAGGAGUUUGAAUCGGUUUCCAAUGCCACAAAGACGAUACUGGUUGAGAUAGUAUGCAUUUAAAAAAAAAAAAAAAAAACUAGUACUCAGUUUUAGUUGUGUAGAUGAAGUUAGCAACAGUAGUAAGCUUUAAGAUCUUGAAUAGUGUCGACGAGUGCUUAUGGAAAGUUGUGAUGGUUGUACAUAUUACAUAAGUACAUAUGUUAGCAGUUCUGUGUUUGUACUAUUAGCAGUGUAUAAGUGUGUGUAACAUAAUAAUGCUCUAUAUUGAACUAUACUCUUUAGUGUUUAGUGUGUGUGUUUACACUCAUCACGUGCUCUUUUUACACUUUGUACCCAACUUGACUUUUCUUAAUAACUUAAAUUUUUGUAGAUAGUUACUGCUUCAUGGUGAGUGAGCUUGUUCUGUACUGCCAAUGGUUUGUUGUUUUCCUAAAGACUCGUGGACUCAUGUAUGUUCCUGAAUGAGAAAGCUUUUGUUUUGGUGGCCUGAGAAAUCAGUCACUGUUUUCUAUACCGUCUGAUAUUUAGUCUGUCCUUUUAUAGCACUGAUCAAAAUCUCUAGUGAGACUUAUUGAACUGUACGUAGUGGACUUACAUUAUUCCACAAUGUAACAUCAAACUGAAUAUUGUCGCGUUCACGUCAUGUAUGAUGGAAGGUAGCAAUGGGAAAGAUUUACAACUUGAGAAUGUUCACUUUAUCAGACAGAGAACAAAGACAGUUGUAUGAUUGCAGUUCGUUGUGUGAGGGUUAAAAAAUACUGUGCAUAUAGCACUCUAUCCAUUAGAUUUGUGUUUGUUUACCUUGAAUGAUGGACUUUGGCUGACGUGAGGCAUCUUUAUUUGUUUGCUUUUUCAGCCACUUCUGUAUUUUCAAGGUGGAUAUUUCUGAGCUUCCUGAAAAGCAUUUCCCAGCGAGUGGGAGCGAGUUUCCCAGUCACAAUUAUGACUUGGGCCCUUUGCAUGGUUCUUGUGCUGGUCUUUACACUCUCAUGCACACUUUUGUAAAUCUCCACAAUUAUGUUAUUUUAGUUAGUGCUUGAACAAAUAAGUUAGUGGAAGCAAACGACACCCAUACACAUGUGACAUGUAUGUGACAUUGGUAAACCAACUAUCAUUAUGCAUUGAGAGGUGAAUGCGUGAAGGAUUUUUUGAUUUCGGCUCUUGGCCUGAAUGAGUUUAAAAUCCCUUGCUGUAUCGUGUCAUUUCAGAAACUGAGGGAGUAUAUGUUGUAUGAGUGUUGGCCUAUAAAAUUAAUGUGUUACGUAUUCGACAGGAUGCAGUCGAUUGUGUCACUCCUCUAAAAGCCCUUAAACACUCCAGCUGCUUGUCAGUCUUCUGAGUCUUAAUACAACACUGUUGCCUGAUAUCAGACAGGAUUGUCAACUCGUUACAAUCCCUUUCCAUCUUCAGUCUGACAUUGCCUCCACUCUAACCGAUUUCCGUGGGGGAGGGGGAUUCGAUUCGUUACCAUUUUUUUCAUAUCUUUAUUCUAAGAUAAUAUUAGCAAGGCUAAUACUGUCAUAACCACAACGUAAUUAUACAGUUUGCUUUUGGAUUUGUUUUGGAACAUGAGACAACGGUGUAGACAUUUAACCUAGCUAAAGUUAGGAUGUAGUUAAACAGAACACUUGUUACAGUAAUGUUAGCCUAAUUAUGUCGCUUGAGAAGGGGGCAAAUGCAAAGCUCACUGAAAACAACAGAAGCUGAAUUGAAAUUACCUUGUUACCUUACCUUAGUUGUAGUGGUUGUGAAAUCUAUUUAUAAAUGUGAUAUCUAAUUGACCAAAUUGAACCCCCCCUAUCUGAAAAAUCUUUGUGUAAUCAGACCUUGAGAGAUGUCAAUGCUGAAACGUCAUCUGAUUUUAAAAUAGAGACUGAUGAAGCAGUGUUGCACAUAAGAGAACAUUUAGAGAAACUAAAGUCAAAGGAAUCUUCGUUUUUAGGGGGCUUUAACAUUUUAAAGCAAUCAACAUGGUUUUGAGCUGCUGUUUGAACUGAGUUACAAACUGUUUAAUUGAUCCACUCACCUUGCAAGAGUCAUGCAUGAAUAACCUCUCUGCCCUAUCAGCUGUAAUUCAAAUGGUGCUUCUCUCUUUGCCUUAUACCCUGCACAGUCCCACAGGGACAUGCAACAGUAUUCAUUUAACACCCCAUAGCUGCACCUGAGUAAGAGCAACACCCACAGCUUUCAGCUCCUUUGUGUGGUUACCUUGGAAGAAUGGGAGGGGGAAAUGGGUACAGUACCCAGAGGACUGAUAUGGUGUUGGUGUUUUGUCAAGCUCAGGCUGCUGAGAGCUGAACUUCACACAAAGCAAACACAAAAUAACAAACCUUUCCGUUUACUGAAUGUAUUAAAUGUCUAGCAAAAACCUUUGGCUUGUAGCAAAAAUACAAAUUCACCAAAGAUGUAGAAUUUAUUGAGAUUGACUUUGCCUUUAUGUAUUGGGAUCAAAUUAUCUGUUUUAUAAGAAAAAGGUUUUGAAAUAAUCAUGAAGGAAACGGAUUGAAUCUGGGCUUGAAUCUGAAUGUUACACAGAUGUCCUCACGUGCAUGUCUCAAGUGCAACAUUUGAAUUAGUUUGAUGGUUAGAUGAAGACUUGAUGGAUUAGAGUGAAGAGUAGAGUGUUUGGGAAUGUUUUUUUAUGUCCAUGAAAAGACAGUACUGAUGCACCUGAUAUCUUACAAAUAAUGUGUAAUUACCUUUACAAUGCUCACUUAGAUACACAAUGCGUGAAUGACUCAGUUAUUACUGGCACUGUGGAUGUUGGUACUGCUUUAAGAUUCAGUGUGGACAAUUAUCCUGGAACACAUGCCAUACUGCUGUUAGAAGCUGGUUACCAGACUGUACAGACAGCGCCUUUAUGAUGUUUGUUUAAAUUGCAAGGUCAUAGUUAGUGUUGUUGUAUAAGAUACUGUACAGGUGCGCAUGACAUUGUGUCAUACUAUGAUACUGUUGUGGUGAUGGGUCAUACCAUUAGACUGAGUUGGGGGGACAGAUGGAACGUGUAUGCAAUUCCAUAGCAAGAAAGGUCCAAAGAUGCAGCAGCGGUGUCACUGGAUUAGGUUUAGGGACCAUAUAGAUAUGGAGAGGGGGAUAUUUUACAAAGCAUACUAAAAUAAUCAAGGCCGUCAUAAAAAAAGUUAGAUUUCAGCUCACGUUUUACAUAGUACAGUCAGUGACUGGCUGAGACAGUCCAGGUUUGCACAGCCAUUACACAAUAUACUGUUAACUCGCUUUGUAAAGUGUCUCCCUAGACCUCCAAACUAUGUAUGGUAUCUGCAUUGUAUUAUAUGGCUUUGCAAGGCUAAGUGUCACGUACAACACAUAUGCACCUAUCCAGUAUACUGUUCUCAUACACACUUUCAUGCAUGCUUUUCUCUCCAUACUGCAAACACAGUUACUUGUAGCUUACAAUUGUUGAACUCUGUGUCUUUCUGACAACUGAAUGUGUAAUAGUGAACUCUGCUUUCUUCUCUCUUAUUUCACUAUGAUAACUCUUUGGCAAUAUGUUACAGGUACUUGUUACUAAUAUGAACCAAUAAAAGAAACCAUUUAAAAAGACAAAAAA